AUGGGUGUUUGUCAAACUAAAGUAAAAUAAAAUCCAGCUACUCUGAAACAUAAAACCAAUAGAUAAGGUGAAAGAGUUAAGACUGAAUUUUCUGCAACAUAAGAAACUGGUUCAAAACAUCCAGGACUUUUGUAAAUAAAUAGCCUAGAAGAAAUCAAUUCACCUAAAUCAGGUGGAUAUCUUUUGCCAAGACGCUAAUAAACCAAAGCAGGACUAAUGAAAUUAACCGGAUUAAUCUCAAAUUCUCCAUUACCUGGUCAAAUUUCAAUCAUUGAAAUGAGUGCAUCUAAGAAAUAUUCAUUAAUUAAGAAACGUCAAAUGAAUGAUGUAAAAUAAAUUGUGAUUUAAUAGAUGAAAUAAGUAUUGUCCAAUAAUAAGACUGGAAUAAUUGUAGAAAUGGAAACUUUUUUAAAAGAAGAGCCUGAGACAUUAGAAUAUAUAAAUUGGAUAUAAAAAGCAUAAUUGGUAUAAAUAAAUAAUUAAUAAAAUAGGAACAUCCAAAUCUCAAUCGUAUACUUGAAAUUUAUAAAGAUUAAAAUGCCUAUCAAAUUAUUUAUGAAUUUUUUGAUGGGAAAUCAUUGACAGAACUUGUAUCUGAAGAAAAUAGACUACCCAUAGUUAAAAUAAGUUAAAUUAUGUCAUAGAUAAUCUCUAUUAUUUCUUAUUUACAUUCUCUAAAUUUAGUACAUGGAAAUUUGACUCUUGAUUCAUUUUAAUUUAAGAAAACAAAAAAUGAAAUUCUAAUUAAAUUAAUAGAUAUUAAAAAACUUAAAAUUAAAGACUCUGAAUCUAUAGAUUUAUUAAAAUUUACAUCUCCAGAAUGUUUGAAUCAUCCUUAUAAUUAUACUACAGCUAGAGAUGUUUGGGCUAUAGGAAUCAUUUGUUAUGCUCUUACAUAUGGUAAUUUACCAUAUAUAUUUCCACCUAACAUCGAUUAUUCAUAAUCCUUAUUAAUAAUUAAACAUGCAACAAUUUAAUUUGAUGAUUCCAAUGAGUUAUUAACAAAGUUUAUUAAGAAAAUGUUAGUAAAUCAUUCAAAAAACAGAGUUACUUUGAAUUAAUUAUAAAAAGAUGAAUUUUUGAUAGAAAAUACUGUUAAACAACUUCUUCCAUAAGAAAUUAUAUUAAAUAAUACAAAAACUGCAAAACCUUGUUGUGUAUUAUAAGAAAUGAUACUUUGUUAUUUUUUAUAAGAAUUUAAUUGGGAAGAAUAUCUUUAAAUAUAAAAAUUAUUUUCAGAAGGAGAUUAAGAUAUGGAUGGUUAUUUAAGUAAAUAAGAAUUAUCAAAUUUGUAUAAAUAGUAUCUUAAUGAACCUAAUUCAGAAGAAUUGACUGAGAAAAUCUUUUUAAAUUAUGGUAUCAAUAAAGAAAAUGGAUUAAAUUGCCAAUAAUUUCAAUCUAUGGCUGCUAGCAGAGAUUUAUUAUUAUCCUAGAGUAAUAUUGAGAUAGGGUUUUCAAUUUUCUCAAAUGGUAAAAAGGAAAUAAAUCUUAGAGGAUUAAGAAGACAUUUAAAUUCAGAUUCAGAAGAAUUGAUUGAUGAAUUUAAUCGUAUAACAAAUGAAGAAAAGAUUGUAUAAAUUGAAUAUUAUUUUAGUUAAAUCUCAAAUAAUUUUAAAAGCUAAUUAGAUUACUUAUUUGA